GCUGUAGGCGGCAGGUAAUCGCCGCGCUUUGUGGGAGUCAGGGUUUUCACAUCGUUUAUAUGAGUUUUGCCAUCUGUAGCUUUUACCAACAAUUGUGGUUUAAUCAGUUAGAAAUAGAGAAGAGUCAUUAAUCAGGAGAAAAUGUCAAAUCUAAAAAUGAAAGAGGCGGCCCUCAUCUAUCUUGACAGAAGUGGAGGCCUCCAAAAGUUUAUAGAUGAUUGCAAGUACUACAACGAUUCAAAACAAAGCUAUGCUGUCUAUCGAUUCAAAAUUUUAAUAAAUCCAUCUGAUGUUGUUGAAUUAGAUGCUGAGCUUGGAAAUCACAUUUUACACCAACCUUUAAAAGCUGCUGAAGUUUUUCAAUCAGUCUGUUUUAUUGCUGUUAAGACUCUCUCAUUAAUUGGACAAUUGCAGACUGAAACCCAAAUUAAUAUAGUGCUGAAAUUAUCACAUUUACCUCCCCUGCCAAGUUAUGGUCUUGAUCUUUGUGAGUUUCCACUUGAUUAUACAUCUCAGAGAUUUUAUAUGAUGCAAGGAAUUGUGAUUGCAAUGACAACUGUAACCAAGUAUACACAAGGUGCAAGAUUCCUUUGUUCAGAUGAAGCGUGCCCUCUUUCAAAAGGAUUUCAAUAUAUAAGAGUGCAUGUCCCUGGUGCUACAGAAUCUGCAACAAUAAGAAAUGACUUUUUGUGUGAUCUGUGUGCAUCUUCACUUCAAGAAGACAGAAAAUUUAGAGUACUUGGUGAUAAACAAAUAGUUGAAAUAAUUACCACAAAGGCACUUCAUGCUUUUCAAGGAUCUUCUAACAACCAGCCAUUUAGGUUUCAGUCUCUUACAAUUUUCCUAAGAGAUGAAUCAGUGAAUAAAAUGAAUAUGGGAAAUGAAUAUAAAAUUAUUGGAAUUCCAACCUGUGUAAAAACCUCACAAACUGCUGUCUGUAUAGAAGCAAAUAGCAUAACUUUUUGUAAUGCAAAAGUUCCUUCAGGAAUUAGUGACAACUUCAGGUGUCUUCUCUCCUUAACUUCCAGCUCAUGCUGGAAAUUUACAGCAAUACUUGCCAAUAUCUUUGCAUCGCAAAUUACUCCUCCUGGGACUUACAAUUUGCUCAAGCUCUGUUUGUUGAUGAGUCUGGUACAGAUAACUGACCGUAAGAAGGAACUGGAAGAUUGUCUGGAUAUUUUAAUAAUAACAAGUGAUACUCUACUUGCAGACAGGCUUUUGAAUUUUAGCAUAAACCUUGUUCCUCGUGGUAUACGUCAUCCAGUCUCUACUGAAAUUUUUCCCACUUUAUCCAGGAAUAAGUAUGGAACUGGAGCAGUUAGCAUUCAAGCUGGCAGUGCUUUGCUAGCUAAAGGUGGUAUCUGCUUUAUAGGAGACUUGGCUUCACACAAAAAAGAUAAACUUGAACAGCUUCAAUCAGUUCUGGAGAGCAGAAGCAUCACAGUGUACAUCCCAGGAAAGAAGUUUGGGGAGGAUAUUGAUCAACAGAUGACUUUUCCAGUUCAGUGCAGUUUCUGGUCUUUUGUUGAUAUGGAUUCAUCUUCAAGGAGAAAUGCACAGAAAAUCAACACUCUAAUUGGUCAGAUGGAUUGCAGUUUGAUUCCUGCUAACCUUGUGGAGGCAUUUGGUUUAUUGAUUAACUGCAAUGAGUCAUCUCCCUGCCACCCAUUUCUUCCUACUGUGCAGCAUACUUUGAAGAAAGCCAUUAAUCCUGAAGGGCUGCUUUAUGUGGCUUCUAGACAGUUUACAACUGAAGAUUUUGAAAAGCUACUGGCUUUUGCAAAGAAUUUGAAUGUAGAAUUCAGCUUGGAAGCAGAAAGAAUGAUUCAUGGCUAUUAUCUAGCAAGUCGAAGAAUCAGAACUGACUCUAUAUGUGGAUCAAAACUGUCAGCAUCUGCAUUAAAAUAUCUCGUUUCCCUAUCUGAAGCCCAUGCACGACUGAACUUAAGGAACGAAGUGCGUAAAGAAGAUGUACUGAUUGCAGCCUUACUAUUUGAAACAUCCCUCACACUGAAAUAUGGGGCCACUGUAUUUUGUGUUGCUCCGAAUGCAGUAUUUCCAUUUGAACUAUAUAAUGAAGAAUACUUAGAGCAAAGGGAUCUCUAUCUGACUCAGUGCCAACAACAGCUGGAACAGUUUAUUGCCACAUAUGGGCCUGGGACAACUAUUUUCUCUAGUGAUGAAUAAGCAAUUUGAGGAAUUUUUGUUCAUUCCUACCUAAGCAGUGGAGAAAAGGUGUGAGUAUUUUGAGAGUGACUUUGAAUAAAUGCUUCCAUAAUACUGUGUACAGGAAUAUAUUACAAUACUAUUUU